AACAGAAUUAUCAAAACUUUGAGUUUUUCUUUUGGAGUUCAGUUGCAGUUCAUACUUCACGUUAUAAAAUGUGAUCCCGAUCUGUGCACGGUGCACCAACAAUUGCUCUAAGAACUACUUAAAAAAAAAUUCCUGACUGGUGUCAGUACUGGCUGUCCCAUUCAUUUAGCUCCGUUCUCGGGCUAUUCACGGCUUGUCAGUUGUAAUUACAUGUUUAGUGUUUCCAGUAUACCGUGUAUAGAAGUACUGUAAAGUUUUCCGUCCUUGUUCCCCACACAAUGGCGCAAUCUAGCAGUUCAACAGAUCCUCUGCCUCAUGAUUGUCCGGCUGACACUGUAGAGUUUCUGCGCGGACUGCGUGAUCUGCAGUCGCGAGGGAUCCUCUGCGAUGUUGAGCUGAAGGGGAGCGAUUGCGAAGAAUCGUCGAAGGGAAUUGCCUGUCAUCGGAAUGUCGUGGCCGUGCACAGCGCCUACUUUUCUUCCGCCUUCACGCACGACUGGAAAGAAUCAGCACAGCCAGUGAUCCAGCUGCGUGACAUCGACUGUCGCACGUUAAACGAGUUGGUCACGUACGCUUACACCAUGGAUCUGCACCUCAACCACGACAACGUGGAGUCCAUCUUGAUUGGGGCGCAGUUCCUACAGAUGACUCUCGUGGCCAGCAUUUGUUGGGAGUUCGUGGAGAAGCGCCUGUGCCUGUCCAACUGUCUGCCCGUCCACGCUCUGGCUUCUCAACACCACAAUCCCGUUCUGGCCGGCGCAGCACUGGCUUUAAUUAUUCCAAACUUCCUCUGUGUGGCGCAGACCCAUGAGUUUCUGCAGAUGGACGCGCAACAGCUGAUUGUGCUGAUCGCAUUGGAUGAAGUGGAGGUGUUCAGUGAAGAUCAAGUGUUGGAGGCAGUGCUGCUCUGGCUAAAUUACGACCGUCCCGGACGACUAGCGCACGUGCCCGCUGUUCUGCAGAACGUCCGCACUUCCUUUCUGAGCGCCGAGUCUCGGAAGGUGUACUCGGCGACACUUAUCAGUGCAGGAGCGCCGUGCGAGGCCGCAAUGGUGGACCUAGAAGUCCCCGCCGCCAAAAAGCAGAAAACUGCACCACGCCAUUCAUGCGGGGCGCAUGAAGUGAUCGUCUGCGUGGGAGGACACGAUUCGGAUGGAAGUGCCGUGGAGAUUUUCAGUCCAUCGCUGCCGGCCGUAUGGUGCCUGGAAGAGCUGCCCUUUCUCGAUGAUUGUUGCCGCGCAGUGCUGCUGGACGCCAGUACGAUUUUCAUUUCCCACGCUGAAGGACCCCAUAUCGUUAAGCGCGACAGCCACUACAUGGGCCUUCGAAACGAGUGCCUCAAGGUGGCCCCAAUGCUGACACCGCGCCGACUGGAGGGCCUUGUCGCGCUAAAUGGGCGCGUUUACUCCGCCGGUGGCUACAGUACUAGAGGCCCACACCCUCCACCUCCACUGACAUCCAUGGAAGCGUACAAUCCUGAAAGCAAUUCCUGGAGUGCAGUCGCCCCGCUGCCCAAUGCUCUGGUCCGUCCGGUGAUGGUGGCUUGCGACGGUCGAUUUUAUGUGUUUGGCGGGAUCAUCGCUGGAGGCGGUAGGAGUAAGUGUGCUUUCUCAUACGACCCCGCUGCCGAUACGUGGACCAGACUGUCCGACAUGCCGACCGCGCGCAGCGACUGCGUUGGCUGUGUGGCGCCCAGCGGAUUAAUCUUUGUUAUCGGUGGUAAAGCGGCUGAGGGUUACUCUAGGCGCGUGGAUGCGUACGAUUGUGCCGCCGAUCAGUGGGUGAGGAAAGCUGAUCUGGUCCGAUACCGCUCGUAUCCCGGAUGCGCUUGCUUGGAUGGGAAAGUCUAUGUUCUUAGAGGGGAUGCACAGUGGGAAGGGGACGGUGACAGCCGCAUCGAGGUGUACGACGAAGAGACCCACAGCUGGGCCCUGCACGCGUGUCAACUGCAAGUGGACAAGUUUGGCUUUAGCUGUGUGACCUGUGUCGUAAUGAAGUUGAAACACGGCUGAAUGGAGAAGCGGCAAGGGCAUAAUUGACGCGUUUAAGUUAACGCUUCUUAAGAAUAUGCUGGCGUUUUUGUUGUAAACUUAUGUCGGUCAAGGGAUUUUCGGAACUUUCGGCUGGCUUCCGCUCGGUUUAAAAUAAAGCGCUUAACAAGAGCGAGGCUGGAAACUGAAAAGUAAAACGAUCUUCGACUUGAAAGCCCGUUCGGAAAGAAGCGUGGUCACUCCGACCCACUGG